AUGGCUUCCUCUUUCACCAAUUGUACGCCAAUUCGCAAGCUCAAAGAUUCCUGCGAUCUUUGUUCAGCAUCGAAAUUGCGAUGCAACAAGCAGAAACCAACAUGCACUCGCUGCGCAGCUCUAAAUCAGCCAUGUUCCUACAGUCCAGCACGACGUGCUGGUCGGCCACAUCGUGUACGGGAGAAGAGCCAACAGCAAUCUUUAGAUGUUACCGUUGAAAGCACAAUGCAGCCUGCGGGAGAUUCCGAUCAAAGCAGCGAUCUGAGCCUCGGCACUGCAGCAUUUCUCGGUGUGCAAUCCCAAAGACAUGACCGGAAUAAUGAACAACGCCACCAGCAACAACCGCCUGAACCAUUAUCCCGCCAAGUUUCUGUUCCCAUCCAUGACACGAGAGAGGAUUGUACUAGAGUUGCCAUAUACAUACUGGAGCAACUAGAUCUUGCCAGAAGGCAGUCCGGUCUUGCAAACGUCAGCUCAGCGACGACAGAUGCGUGCCAGCGUCUCUUGACUAUUCUCGUCUGUCCAUGUUCAGAGCAACCAGGCGUAGCACUUCUUGUGGCAUGCGGGUGCAUUUCUCUAAUGGAUACGGUUCAUCACUGCCACGUAGCUCAAGGUACAUCAAUUCCAGAGCUACCAAAUAGCACAACCACGACCCCUGCUACAGAGAAGGACAUCCCCGGUUGGCCAAGAUCAUCAUCUUCACACAGCAGUCAUGGCGGGAUGGAGCAGUUGGCAAAGAUUGCCAAGCUCAUCUUGCAAUUCACAGAUAGAUAUGCUCAGGAACCAAAGGGUGGAACUGGUUGGGCGCAGACAACCUGGUUGGUUGCUCCCAUUGCGGCGUUGCUUCGGUUCAGGUUGCAGUCAGUCACCCAUCAAGCGGCAAAACGUCUCGUCUUUUAA